AUGUUAGAUCAAGUAAAACAAAUUAUUCUAGUCCUCUCUGGAAAAGGAGGGGUUGGAAAAUCGACUGUCAGUACUCAGCUUGCACUUACUUUAAAAGAGAAAGGAUUUAAGGUUGGUCUCUUAGAUAUAGACCUUUGUGGACCCAGUGUUCCCUACAUUUUAAACUUAGAAGGGCAAAAUAUACAUCAAGGUCCUGAAGGAUGGAUUCCUGUUUACCUAGACAAAGAACAGAGGUUAGGUGUUAUGUCUAUUGGUUUUUUAUUGAAUUCAAGAAAUGAUGCGGUUGUUUGGAGGGGACCAAAAAAGACUUCAAUGAUAAAACAGUUUCUAGAAGAUGUCUGCUGGCAAGAUUUGGAUUUUCUUGUAAUUGACACACCUCCAGGAACAUCAGAUGAACACAUCACAGUGAUGGAAAAUCUGCGUCAAGUGCAACAUUGUUCAGCAGUGAUAGUAACUACACCACAAGAGGUAUCCAUCGAAGAUGUUCGUAAAGAAAUAACCUUCUGUAGAAAGACUAAUAUACCCAUAUUGGGUAUUAUUGAAAAUAUGAGUGGGUAUGAAUGUCCCACAUGUUGUCAUUGCACAAAUAUAUUUUCAAGUGGAGGUGGAAAAUCAUUGGCUGAAAUUGCAAAACUCCCAUUUUUGGGUACAUUACCAAUCGAUCCUCGAGUGGGACAACUGGCAGGAAAGGGUUUGCCAGCAGUCAGGGAAAUACCAGAAGCAACCACUAGUAAAGUGUUUAAUGAAAUAGUCAGUCAGUUAGCAGGAAUGGUUAGCAAUGGUACAUGA